UUCGGCCCAGGCAACCGCGAUGGAUCUGGAUGAAGCGUCGACCACCGUGGACAAUAUAGUCACGCAGUUCAACACCUACGAAGACUUCCUGGACUCGCAGAUCACGACCCUGGACUUGUACUACCUGGAGGAUGAAGGUCUGGCCCGCCAGUUGGUGGAGCUAGGCUACCGAGGUACUGGAGAGGUGGUGAGAAGAGAAGAUUUUGAAGCAAGAAAGGCAGCUAUAGAGGUUGCAAGGUUGGCUGAAAGAACUCAGAAAAAGACACUAACAAGUGCUGGUAAAGACCUACAUGAUAAUUUUCUGAAGGCUCUGGCCGUGAGAGAAGAAGACAAUCGCAGUGGAAAAGUGAGCUUAAAUCAACAGGAGGCUGAUGCUGCUCAUACCUUUAAGAAGAAACUGGCAGAAAGUAGUGCUCAUAGAAAAUCCGUGAUCUUUAUUCGUGACAAAAAUUCUCAUGGGCAGGAGGUAUCAGGAUACAUUGACUAUGCCCACAGGCUGAAGACUGAAGAUUUUGAAGUCUACUUUAGUGGAAAAAAAAGACUUCUUCCAAGACCCACAGAUAUGAGUUUUUACAACUGGGACAGUCAUAUUGCUGUUUGGAAUUCAACUCCCAACUACCAAGUGAUUGCCGAUAAUCCAGAAGGCUUACUUUUCAAAUACAAAAGAGACAGAAAAAUUCUCAAUGUGGACCCUAAGGCUCAACCUGGUGACAACUCUACUAGAAGCCCGAUCCUAACAGAGCUCUACACACAAGUUGUCAUUUUUGACCACGUUUCCAGAAGAAAGACUUAA